GGUAAAACAACAAACAGAAAUAACCGGGCCUGGGAAAAUAAACUCGCCGAGAGACUUCGGCUAGAUCCGCAAAGUAGUGCCUCCGCCGCCACCGUGCUUGAGACUGCGGUCCAACUGCGCUGCCGCUGCCGGUGGUGCCGCCGCCGCCGCCUCGGCCGCCGCCGCCGCCUCGGCCGCCGCCGCCGCCUCGGCCACCGCCGCCGCUCCGGCCGCCACCUCCGCCGCCGCCCCGCGAGCAGCUCCCUCGGCCGCCGCAACUUUCCCCCUCAGACCAGUGUGUGAUGUUGGACAUGGGAGAUAGGAAGGAAGUGAAAAUGCUGCCGAAAUCCUCCUUUAGCAUAAACAGCCUGGUGCCCGAAGCCGUCCAGAGCGACAACAACCACAGCAGCCACAGCCACCACAACAGCCACCACCCCCAUCACCACCACCACCACCAUCACCACCAUCACCACCCGCCGCCGCAGCAGCCCCAGCGAGCGGCCGCAGCAGAGGAGGAGGACGAGGAGAAGGGGCAACACCUCCUGCCGCCCCCCACCGCCACCGCCUCUGGCGCCCUGGAGGUGGCCAAGGCGGACAUGCUGGCGGGCAAAGGCGAGGCGGGCGCGGCGGUAGCGGCGGAGCUGGAGGAGAAGGAGAAGGCGGCGGAGGAGAAGAAGGGGGCAGCGGAGGGGGCCAAGGACGGGGAGAGCGGGAAGGAGGGGGAGAAGAAGAACGGCAAGUACGAGAAGCCGCCGUUCAGCUACAACGCGCUCAUUAUGAUGGCCAUCCGGCAGAGCCCCGAGAAGCGCCUCACACUCAAUGGCAUCUACGAGUUCAUCAUGAAGAACUUCCCCUACUACCGGGAGAACAAGCAGGGCUGGCAGAACUCCAUUCGCCACAACCUCUCCCUCAAUAAGUGCUUCGUCAAGGUUCCCCGCCACUACGACGACCCGGGCAAAGGGAACUACUGGAUGCUGGACCCCUCCAGCGACGACGUCUUCAUUGGGGGUACUACCGGCAAGCUUCGCCGUCGCUCCACCACCUCUCGGGCCAAGCUGGCCUUCAAGCGGGGCGCCCGGCUCACCUCCACCGGACUGACAUUCAUGGAUAGGGCAGGAUCCUUGUACUGGCCUAUGUCCCCCUUCCUCUCCUUGCACCACCCCCGGGCCAGCAGCACUUUGAGUUACAAUGGGACCACGUCUGCCUACCCCAGCCACCCCAUGCCCUACAGCUCAGUGUUGACUCAAAACUCCUUGGGAAACAACCACUCCUUUUCCACGUCUAAUGGGUUAAGUGUUGAUAGACUAGUCAAUGGAGAGAUACCUUAUGCCACUCAUCACCUCACAGCAGCAGCUCUGGCCGCCUCAGUGCCGUGUGGCUUGUCAGUUCCCUGCUCUGGCACCUAUUCCCUAAACCCCUGCUCUGUAAAUCUCCUAGCAGGACAGACGAGUUACUUUUUCCCCCAUGUUCCUCACCCUUCAAUGACUUCUCAAAGCAGCACUUCAAUGACGGCCAGGGCAGCCUCCUCCUCCACGUCGCCACAGGCGCCCUCCACUCUCCCCUGUGAGUCCUUAAGACCUUCUUUGCCAAGUUUUACAACGGGACUUUCCGGAGGACUUUCUGAUUAUUUCACACAUCAAAAUCAGGGGUCUUCUUCAAACCCUUUAAUACAUUAACAUCCAUGGGAUCAGACUGUAAGUGAACAUUUUACACACAUUUGCAUUGUAAAUGAUAAUUAAAAGAAAAAAAAAGCAAAACAAAAAAGUCCAGGUAUUUUUUAUUAAGUCCCCCAUUUUUCUGUACGUUUGUUCAGUCUUUAGGGUUGUUUAUUAUUCCACCAAGGUGAGGAGUGUCAGCAAGGUGCAAUGUGGGGAGAUUGCAUUGUAGUCUAUGAAGUUUGGAAGACAAAAUCAUAGUAGAAUGUGUAUCUAAAUAGUGACUGCUUUUGCAAUUUUUUUAUUCAAAUAUGAUAAGUCUAUCACUAAAAGCCACCCGAUUCUCCAUGUUUGCAGUAUUAUAAGUUAUCAUGGAUAUGUCGGUGGGUGCAGACCUUGAAAGAAAGAAAAGAAACCAAAACCAAACUAAAUUUAUGAAAACUAUAAAAAACCCUUAAAACGUAAUUUGUAUUUAAGCAGAAUUAAUACCGAAAGAUGCCCAAGAACUACUUUUGGCCAUUUAUUAUUUUAUUAUUUUCUUUACCGAACUGCUUUUUUGGGGUUCCAUUCCCUUUUUUUUUUUUUUUUAUUUGUUUGUUUACUUUUAGACCAAAGAUUGGGUUCUAGAAAAUGCACUCAGUGUACGGAGUAAUUUAAAAAAACAGCAACAUUAUUUCAGUUUGCAGCACUGCCCGUUCAAAUGAAUCAGAAGGGGACAAAAUUAAUGAUUGCCUUCAGUUUGUGUUGUGUAUAUUUUGAUGUAUGUGGUCACUAACAGGUCACCUUUAUUUUUUUUCUAAAUGUAGUGAAAUGUUAAUACCUAUUGUACUUAUAGGUAAACCUUGCAAAUAUGUAACCUGUGUUGCGCAAAAGCCGCAUAAAUUUGAGUGAUUGUUAAUGUCGUCUUAAAAUUUCUUGAUUGUGAUACUGUGGUCAUAUGCCCGUGUUUGUCACUUACAAAAAUGUUUACUAUGAACACACAGAAAUAAAAAAAUAGGCUAAAUUCAUAUAUA